UCCCGCCACCACUGGCCGGGAAGUGAGUCUGUGAAACACACACAUACACACAAAGAGAGUCAUGCCCCAAAAUCUAAAAUCUGGUAGUUCAAGAAAAAAAAAUGCAAAAUUACUUGAGGUUAAGGUUUUUUCAAUUAGCUAAAUUAGCAUCUUCUAAUACUAAUCAUUUGAAAAGAAAAUCAUCAUGUUGUUAUCAUUCAAGAACCCUAAUGACUUGCUCAAUCUACUACAAAUACAAUAAGUGUUCACCAGACAGUAUCUUCCGUCAUCCCUUUUUCACUCGGUUCUUUUCAUCACCUUCUUCUUCUUCAUUUUACGAUCAGUUCUCCGAUGAUGAAUACGAAUGCGAUUACGAUUCUCAACCUGCAUCAUCGUCCGUGGCAAAUAUUGAUGAGUGGAAGUGGAAACUUACUAUGUUGUUACGUAGUGAAACAGACCAAGAGAUUGUGUCUAGAGAUAAAAGAGACAAGAGAGACUAUGAGCAAAUAUCUAAUGUUGCCACAAGAAUGGGCCUUUACUGUGAAAUGUAUGGAAAAGUGAUGGUUGCAAGCAAGGUGCCACUUCCCAACUACAGACCUGAUCUUGAUGAUAAGCGUCCCCAAAGGGAGGUAGUUAUCCCAUUAAGUUUGCAAAGAAGAGUAGAAGGUUUGCUUCAGGAGCAUCUUGAUCGAAUGCACUUGAAUUCUGGAGAUGUUGCGUCCACUACGAAUGAAACAAGUCAUGAGGCUGAGGUUGUGAACAGAGGUGGUAACCAAGAUCCGUUGGUAGAUGGGUCUCUUAUGGAGAAGGUACUUCAAAGACGAAGUUUGCAAAUGCGAAAUAUGCAACGAGCUUGGGAGGAAUCACCAGAAGGCAAGAAGAUGCUACAGGCACGCAUGUCUCUUCCUUCAUUCCGAGAGAAAGAAAGACUUCUCCAAGCAAUUGCUCAGAAUCAGGUGAUUAUCAUUUCUGGUGAGACUGGAUGUGGCAAGACCACUCAACUUCCACAAUACAUAUUGGAGUCUGAGAUAGAAUCUGGUCGCGGUGCAUUUUGUAAUAUUCUUUGUACACAACCUCGAAGAAUUUCUGCUAUGGCUGUUGCAGAAAGAGUUUCUACUGAAAGGGGAGAGCCUCUUGGUGAAUCAGUUGGUUACAAAGUUCGAUUAGAGGGUAUGAAAGGGAAAAAUACACACCUACUUUUCUGUACAAGUGGAAUUUUGCUUCGGAGGCUGCUAAGUGACAACAAUUUGCAUGGUGUAACCCAUGUUUUUGUUGAUGAAAUUCAUGAGCGAGGCAUGAAUGAAGAUUUCCUAUUGAUUGUAUUAAAGGAACUCCUUCCACGUCGUAGGGACCUGAGACUGAUACUGAUGAGUGCUACAUUGAAUGCGGAGCUAUUUUCCAACUUUUUUGAAGGAGCACCAAUGAUUCACAUUCCUGGCUUCACUCACCCAGUCAGGGCACAUUUUUUAGAAGAUAUACUGGAGAUCACUGGGUAUAAGUUAACCUCUUUCAACCAAAUUGAUGAUUAUGGCCAAGAAAAGUUGUGGAAAACACAACGGCAGCUAGUUCCACGGAAAAGGAAAAACCAGAUUACUACUCUAGUUGAGGAUGCCUUGAGUCAAUCGAGCUUUGAAAGUUAUAGUCUCAAAGCACGUGAUUCUCUAUCAUGCUGGACACCAGAUAGUAUUGGAUUUAAUCUAAUUGAGGCAGUUUUAUGCCAUAUCUGCCGUAAGGAAAGAGAAGGUGCUGUUUUAGUCUUUAUGACUGGGUGGGACGAUAUCAGUUGUUUGAAAACUCAACUUAAAGCUCAUCCUUUACUUGGGGAUCCAAACAGAGUUCAACUGUUAACAUGCCAUGGUUCCAUGGCAACGUCUGAACAGAAACUCAUAUUUGAGAAGCCACCUCCAAACGUGCGUAAAGUAGUACUCGCCACAAAUAUGGCAGAAGCAAGUAUCACAAUCAAUGAUAUAGUUUUUGUGGUAGACUGUGGAAAAGCUAAAGAGACCACUUAUGAUGCUCUGAAUAAUACUCCAUGUCUUCUACCUUCAUGGAUAUCUCAAGCAUCUGCUCGACAAAGAAGAGGUAGAGCAGGCCGUGUGCAACCGGGAGAAUGCUACCAUCUCUAUCCCCGAUGUGUUUAUGAAGCUUUCUCUGAAUAUCAGCUACCUGAGCUCUUAAGGACUCCCCUUAAUUCUCUUUGCUUGCAAAUAAAAAGUUUGCAUGUUGGUAGCAUCGGGGAAUUCCUCUCUGCAGCUCUACAACCACCGGAGCCAUUGGCUGUUCAAAAUGCAGUGGAUUUUUUGAAGUUGAUUGGAGCAUUAGAUGAGAAUGAAAAUCUUACACAUCUUGGUGAAUAUCUGGCAAUGCUUCCUCUGGAUCCAAAGCUAGGGAAAAUGCUGAUAAUGGGAGCUUUCUUUCGCUGCGUUGAUCCUAUUCUUACAAUUGUUGCGGGACUCAGUGUUAGAGAUCCUUUUCUUUUGCCUCAAGAGAAGAAAGAUAAAGCCAGUGAUGCAAAAUCUAGGUUCUCUGCCAAGGAUUACAGCGAUCAUAUGGCGCUUGUCCGUGCUUAUGAAGGAUGGAAAGAAGCUGAAAGAGAAGGAUCUGCUUAUGAGUAUUGCUGGAGGAAUUUUCUUUCUGCCCAAACACUUCAGGCUAUACAUUCUCUUCGGAAUCAGUUUCACUACAUCUUAAAAGAUGCUCGAUUGCUUGAGGCUGAAACAGGCAUUAAUAAUAGAUUGAGUCAUAAUCAGUCAUUGGUUAGAGCCAUUAUAUGUGCGGGUCUCUUUCCUGGCAUUGCAUCUGUAGUGCACAGGGAGACAUCAAUGUCCUUCAAAACUAUGGAUGAUGGCCAGGUCAUGCUAUAUGCAAAUUCUGUCAACACACGAUACCAGACGAUACCAUAUCCAUGGCUGGUGUUUGGGGAAAAAGUGAAGGUCAACACUGUAUUUAUACGGGAUUCAACUGGCGUGUCUGAUUCAAUUUUAAUUCUUUUUGGUGGUGGUUUAGUCAAUGGCGCUACGCCUGGUCACUUGAAAAUGUUAGGAGGGUACAUUGAUUUCUUCAUGGAUCCUACUUUAGCGGACUCCUUUGUCAAAUUAAAGCAGGAACUCGAUCAGCUUUUGCAAAAGAAGCUAAAAGAUCCCAUCUUCAACAUCCACAAAGAAGGAAAGUAUCUCAUGCUUGCUGUUCAAGAACUCGUGUCAAGAGAUCAAUGUGAGGGUAGAUUUGUAUUUGGCCGUGAAACCAAAAAGUUAAAGGAGUCGCCUGACAAUGAUAGCUUUACAAGGGAUGGAGCAAACCCAAAAAGCUUACUGCAGACCCUGCUGAUGAGGGCUGGCCACACUCCUCCAAAAUACAAAACAAAACAUCUAAAAACAAAUGAAUUUAGGGCCUUAGUAGAAUUCAAAGGAAUGCAAUUUGUUGGAAAACCAAAAAGAAAUAAACAGCUUGCAGAAAGGGAUGCUGCUAUUGAGGCAUUGGCCUGGUUGACCCACACUUCUGGCUCAAAGAAAGAAGAUGAUACUUCACCUCCUGAUCUCACUGACAAUAUGCUUAAGCUUCUGAGUAAGAGAAGAAAACCCACAUCUCGCUCUGGCCGGGGGUGAAUUUAUUCUUGAUAGGAUACUUAAAUGUAUGCAUACAGUUGAGGAAGGAGCAUGAGUAUUGCUGGUUGUGAUGUGUUGAACACCCGAUAGGAUGUGCUAGGUCCUGUUCAGGUCUGUUGGAAAUUUUGGAACCUCAAGCAUCUAUACUUUGCCCAUGAAAGCUGGGUAAAUUAGCAACCUUGGCAAAGAAAGAGGUUGGUACGCCGGUUAUGUGAAAUUGAUUUGGUUAUAGAAAAGGAAUUACUUGUAUAUGUAGAGAGGUAUUUUGUAACAUGUACAUGAAUUAGUUCUCUUACAUUUUUGGGAGGAUGAAGUGCUUCACCUCCACUCUUCGUAGAAGUGUGGGUCAACCAGGCCAUUUUCUAGGAGCAACCUGGGUUCGAAUUUAGAGGCAGAAUUGAAUUUAAGUGGUUGUGACACUAUCCCUAUUGGGGGUUAUGUGGGUACCAAUUCAGUACAUGGGAUUAAGCGGUUCCUAUUAA